AUGUCCUUUCCGGUGACUGCCUUGGUCAAUCCCGCUCUACGAGAUAAUGAAAGCUUGCUAUUCUACGCAACACAGAACCGCCAGCUUGCACUUCAACGCUGGUCUUUCCAGCCCAGUGUGCAGACGACUGAUUUCCACGAAAACGGCCUUUGGCAGGGCCCUAUCGUUCUUCCUAGUGCACUAGCAUCGUUUGUUCAGAGGGGACUGUCAAACGUAUAUGGCUUCAUCAAAGCACCUGGCGCCAAGAAUGAGGACCCCAUGAUUAUCGCCCAGCUCAGUCCAGUGACGCAGCUCCUCACUACCGGAGACGAGCUCACCACCUCGUUCUCUGGUCUUGCUGCCACUGGCGACGGUAAUGAGAACGUCUACGUCUACUAUCUCAAGAAUUCUGGCCCUGGCACGAGUGCGGCGAUCCAGCAAUGUUCGCUCGGUAACAACGAGCCCGAGUUUAAUCCUUUCGACAACCCGACUCCGGCUUCCACAUCAAGGAUCGCUGCCGUGCAUGUGGGAGAUGGCACUCGUCUGAUUUUCUUCCAGAAGUCCAACAAUGAUAUUCAGUUCAUCAAUAGCUCUGAAACCAAUCCGGAUGCGCAUACCAUACAUGAUACUGGUAGUGCCGCUCCGAGCACCCCUCUCACAGCUAUUGUUUACACCGAAGGCGGCGUUCCCAGUGUGUACCUCUACUUCGUGAGCGGUCAAAAGAAGAUCAUGCGAGCCACCGCGAACGUCAGCAAUCUUGACUCGAUAGUUUGGUCUACCCCGGCGACACGUGACAAGUUGAAGCUCGUCAGCGCCGAUUCGCAGCUUUGCGCUACCGUAUCUGCGAAAGAGAACAUGGUGUUUUACGUUGAGAGUGGUGCGAAAGACUACAAUAUCCAUCGGGACCCGAGGACCUGA